ACUUUUUAUAGGAAGAAGAGAAUAAUUAAAAUUAACUAAAUUUGUGGGCAGCAAUAAUUAGUGGUACAUGUGUCAUUCUUCCAUUUUCAGCCUGCCCCGCCUUUCCUAUUGGUCCGAUCGUGUUUUCCCACCUCCUAUAUAAACCUCUUCAGAAGCAUCCAUUCCUACUCACUUGUCAUUCGUACUUUAAAAUUUAUGUUUCUACUUCUACUCAAAUUAAAAGCAGUGUAAAAAAAAAAGACACAACACUCACACAGUUACAGUCUAAAAUGGGUUCCCAGAGAAUUCAAGAAAAAGAAGUAGAAGCUCCCAUCCAUGGAGACAUCCUAGAAGCCAUACUCUCUCACGUGCCGCUCAUUUACUUGCUGCCAGCUAGUCACGUGUCAAACCAUUGGAACGGUGCGGUCUCGAGCUCUCUCCGCUACGUCAACCCCGUGAAGCCGUGGCUCACGGUUCACACUCAAAACUCCCGUGCUCCGCACGUGAUCAAAUCAUACGCGUACGAUCCACGCUCCCGUUCAUGGAUCAAAAUUCACGCGCCACAAAUCAACCAUACGUCCGCUCUACGAUCAUCGCAUUCCACGCUCCUCUACACGCUCUCUCCUGCAAAAUUCACCUUCUCCCUCGAUUCACUCCAUCUCGAGUGGAACCACGCGCCAUCACCACGUGUUUGGCGCGUUGAUCCGGUGGUUGCUCGCUUUGGAAACCGCAUCGUUGUUGCUGGUGGCGCGUGUGACUUCGAGGACGAUCCUUUAGCAGUGGAAAUGUACGAUAUAGAUUCUGGCAAUUGGAUCCAGUGCGAGUCCAUGCCUGAGAUGAUGGAGGACACUACAGCGUCGACAUGGCUCUCUGUUGCCGUCGCCGGUGAGUUUAUGUACGUGACAGAGAAAAACUCCGGCACGUUGUACUCCUUCGAUUGUAAAACGAUGACGUGGCAAGGACCGUACGAACUUCGAAGGGAGGAGAGCGUGUUCUUCAGCGUUACGGGAAUGGUGCGGAAUCGUUUGGUUGUGGUGGGAAUAGUAGGCGAUGCGGAGAACGUGAAAGGAGUGAAAAUAUGGGAAGUGAAAAAGGAAUUAGGAUUUGAAACGAUGGAAUUGUGUGCGAUGCCGAAAGAGAUGGUGAAGAAACUAAUAGGUGAGAGUGGGAAUGGGUUGUUGAAUUCGAUUGAAUUGGUUUGUAUUGGUGAUUUUGUUUACGUUUACAAUCCGUCUGAACCGGAGGAGAUGGUGGUGUGUGAGGUGUUGCAGGGAGGAGGAUGUGAGUGGCGGAUUGCGAGGAAUGAGGUGGUGAACCACGAUGCAAGAAUGGGAAGAGUGGUGUUGUGUGGCGGUGACGUGCGAUUGGAGGAUUUGAAGAGCGCGGUUUCGGGGAACUGUAGAUUCGAAUUGGUACAAGUGUAAAAAUGAGGUGAAAAAGGGAAAGUAGUUUUUACCCAAAGAAAAAAGAAAUUAUGGUGGAAAACAACGUUUCAAUACAAUAAAAUGUAAAAAUGGUGAAACAGUUAGUUGAAGAAGCUUUGGAGUUGAUAAAGAUUUUGAACACAUGCAAACGUUAGUCACGUUUGGUUUUUCAAACAUUUAUAUUAUGUUUGGAGAGUACCGCUGGGAAUUACUACUAUUAUGGAUAAGGAUUUAAUGCAGGAAGAAACGGAUGGUUGAUAUUUUCAACAGAACUAGAUCUUUUAGUGGUGGCUCAUAUGAGCCUCGUUAAUGCACUUAUAGCUGCGGGUAUCUUUUAGCCGUAGCAUGAAAAUUGUUUCUAUUUACUUCUUGUUUAUAAGUUUGUAUAAGUUAUUUUUAUAAUAAAAGGUGAAAUAUUAUAUAAUCA